GCCAUUACUUUAUGAGUUUAACCAGAUUAUUAAACAGCUUUAUGGCGUUGCUUCGGAUUUUCACAGUUUAAUUUCAGUUUGUGCAAAACGGGGCUUUUGCUUCCUAAGCCCUGCAUACAUAUGGAUGAAACGGCGGCGAACAGGUUGGUACUUACUGCCAGAAACUUCGAAAAAGAUGUAGCCUACAAUGACACUUCCUGCCACGUCUUCUUUCUCCUGGACCUGAUUUGUCUUACAAACUCCGGGGGAUGCCGCUGGUAAAAGCUGAAACAACUACAUCAAAAACAAACCGACACAUAUUACACACAAAAUAAAGAUAACCUGAAAUAGUUAUCUUUUGCGUCUAUUCAUUAUACCGCACCAUUGACUGUUUAUAACGAGAAACGUGGGAAAUAUCGUUUCUGGUUGUUGAUGGCACUACGCACCGAGAGGACUUGGUUUGGGCAGGUCUUGCGCAGAGUCUCUCGGCUGCAGGGCACCUGGUCCCGGCGAUCGAGCAGUCUCUUGUGUCUCUCUUCUAACCAAGAACAGGAUACGGGAACCUGUUACAGGGACCUUAACCGUCCCCAUUGCUCCGGCAUUCAUCGUACCCAUCAUCACCAAAACCACAAUACCUGCCCCCCUGGUUCCAAUCGCUGCCAGAGCUUUCCUAACUGCUGCGCCUUCUUGGACAAUCCGAGGGGACAUGAACCCCUCACUCACCGGUUCCUGGUGGCCAUGAAGCGGCAGAACGUGCGGACCCUGUCCCUGAUUAUCUGCACGUUCACCUAUCUCCUGGUCGGGGCGGCGGUGUUCGAUGCUCUGGAAUCGGAUUUCGAAAUGCGGGAGAAAGAGCAGCUUGAGGCCGAGGAAAAGCGAUUACAAGGGAAAUACAACAUAAGCGAUGAAGACUACAGCAAACUGGAGACUAUUAUUAUGGAGGCCGAGCCCCACAGAGCCGGGGUCCAGUGGAAAUUUGCAGGCUCAUUUUACUUUGCAAUUACAGUCAUCACCACUAUAGGAUACGGGCACGCAGCCCCAGGAACAGAUGCAGGGAAGGCCUUCUGCAUGUUCUACGCCGUUCUAGGGAUCCCCCUGACGCUGGUGAUGUUCCAGAGCCUCGGCGAGCGCAUGAACACCUUCGUCAAGUACCUCCUGAAGCGCAUCAAGAAGUGCUUCGGCAUGCGGAUCACCGACGUCUCCAUGGAGAACAUGGUGACCGUGGGGUUCUUCUCCUGCAUCGGAACCCUAUGCAUUGGUGCUGCAGCCUUCUCACACUACGAGGAAUGGAGCUUCUUCCAGUCCUACUAUUACUGCUUUAUCACAUUGACUACCAUAGGUUUCGGGGACUUUGUGGCCCUUCAAAAGAACAGGGCCCUCCAGAAGAAGCCCCUGUACGUGGCCUUCAGUUUUAUGUACAUCCUGGUGGGCCUCACGGUGAUCGGAGCCUUCCUAAACCUGGUGGUCCUCCGCUUCCUGACCAUGAACAGCGAGGAUGAGCGCAGGGACGCGGAGGAGCGCGCGUCUCUGGCGGGGAACCGUAACAGCAUGAUCAUCCACCUCCAGGAGGACUCCGGCCGCUCCAGAUACCGGGCGGAGGUGACGGACCUGCAGUCAGUCUGCUCCUGCACGUGCUACCGCUCGCACGAUUUUGCCGGCCGCUUGGCCUCCCAUCAGAACUCCUUCAGCUCACAGCUGAACCCCCAGUACUUUCACUCUGUGUCCUACAAGAUUGAGGAAAUCUCGCCGAGCACCCUGAAGAACAGCUUCUUCCCCUCGCCCAUUAGCUCUGUGUCACCUGGCCUCCACAGCUUCACGGAUAACCACCGACUAAUGAAAAGAAGGAAAUCCAUUUGAGCCUUCGGCAACUGCUAACUUUAAUAUUAUAAACUUCAUUCCAAAUGCUGCUCCCACCAAAUCUCAUUUUAGCACUUUUUGUUAUAUAUAAAUUCCAGUAUAUAUAAAUGAUGUUUCCUUGAUAAAUCAGCAGAUGGUGGACAGAAACAACAACUUUGACAGAAACACGACCAUUGUUCCCCUGGAGGACCUAGGGAAUACUAAGCAUGAUGCAUGGAUAACUAUCUUUCCUGAGGAUUUUGAAAAGAUGUCCACCCUUCACUCAAUCCACUUUGGAUGAGUCAGAGUACAAUAUUUUAAUGUUGGUUUCAUACCAAAUAUUGCACACUAAAACUUUGGUCACAGUAUUGUACGAGAGGAUGGGGGAGGGGGAAUGGGUAUUAUUUUUCUAAAAGGGAGUGUGCCUGUUUUGACCUUAACUUGAAUUGAACGCAGUCAAGUGCGAUUUCAGUGCCACAGUCAAAACAAAUAAAUAAUCUGUGUCAGAAGCUAAUUUAAAAGCAUCAGGUAUCAUUUUCUAUAAGCAAUUAUAUUUUGAGAAGGGAAAACUGGUUUCUUUGACUUCAGCAAAUUGAUCAUGCCAAAAUAUUGUUGCCAAUCAGAGUCAUGUGCAUUAAAUAUCAUAUAAAGGGUCUGCCAUGGUUGAUUUUAUUUAUAUGUUUUUAACACCAGUCAUUUCAUUAAUAUAUAUAUAUGGUACAUAUAUCUAUAGUUAUGAUUUUUCAGAUUGUAUAACAUAGAAAUGGGGGCAGCAAGAUUUUUUUAAAAGCUUGCCAGUUUCAAAAAGUAAACAAAUGCAUGUACUUUGUAAAACUGGUAUGCAUAUUUCAGAAAACAGGAUUUAAAAUAGUAAUCUAGCAAUUUAAUUAAAUAUUAAAAGCAAAUAAUCUUGGAAUGAUUUUUUUUAAAGAAAUAGUUUGUUUAUUAUUUUGCCACUUGAAAUAAUUAAAUGUAAUGGAAACUGUGUUACAAUACUUGCUUUUCAACGUUUGAUUAAAACAGUCUUAUUUGUUAAAUGGAUGAAUGAUUUGUCAUGGGGAUGAUAAUAACAUUUGCUCUCAGGUUUAGAAAUGAAUAGCCUUCUGUGUUCUAAGCUUCCCAA